AUGGUUAGCAUAUUGGAUUUAAGCAAUAAUUAUCUUAGUGGGACGAUUAAUACAACUUUUAAUGCUGAAAACCGACUCAGCAUCAUUAACUUGUACGGGAAUAAGCUGAAGGGGAAAGUUCCACCAUCGUUGAUCAAUUGCAGAUAUUUGGAAUUCCUUGAUUUAGGAGACAAUGAGUUGAAUGACACAUUUCCAAGUUUGUUGGGAGGCCUUCCUGGUUUGAAGAUUUUAAGCUUCAGAUCGAAUAAGUUGCACGGCCCUAUAAGUGAUUCAAGGACAAACAACUCGUUUGCUCAAAUUCGAGUAAUAGAUCUCUCAUCCAAUGGAUUUAGUGGAAAUUUACCAGUCAGCCUUUUUGAGAAUUUUCAAGCUAUGAAAAUAAUUGGAGAGAAAAGUAGAACACGAGAGUAUGUUGCUGAUUAUUAUCCUAGUAAUUACGCGAAUACUUUGAUAGUUACAACAAAGGGACUGGAUCUUGAACUUCCUCGUGUUUUGACCACAGAAGUAAUUAUCAAUCUCUCAAGGAAUAGAUUUGAAGGUUAUCUCCCAAGCAUUAUCGGAGAUCUCGUUGGACUCCGUACGCUGAACCUAUCUCAUAAUUGCUUGGAAGGUAUUAUACCAGCAUUAUUCCACCAAUUAUCCGAAAACAGUUUGAUACGUUUGAGAACAGAACAGAAUGAUGGGUUACGUGGAUUGCCCUUCUCAAAAGAUUAUGGUGGCGAUGAUGGGGUACCGCAACCGACAACUCCAGUUGAGCUAGAUGAUGAAGAAGAAGGAGAUUUGAUCAGUUGGCAAGCGGUUCUCAUGGGUUUCGGUUGUGGUCUUGUUAUUGGACUGAUAGUUAUAUCUCAAAAUGAUGGGUUACGUGGAUUGCCCCUCUCAAAAGAUUGUGGUGGCGAUGAUGGGGUACUGCAACCGACAACUCCAGUUGAGCUAGAUGAUGAUGAAGAGGAAGAAGGAGAUUUGAUCAGUUGGCAAGCGGUUCUCAUGGGUUUCAGUUGUGGUCUGGUUAUUGGAAUGUCAAUAAUAUACAUAAUGUUGUCAACUCACUAUCCAGUCUGGUUUUCGAGGAUGGUUGUAAAAUUUGAACAUAAAAUUGAUUCGAUAAUGAAAAGAUAUUAG